AUGCCGCUUCUCCUUCAACAAAGGUUCAGAAAAAAUGGAGCCUGGAUGGAAUUGACCAAGAUUUGGAGAACAAAUUCAAAUAUCAGAGGCUUUGUAGCUGAGAAAGUGAGAGGAGGCUAUUUAGUAGCCAUUGCAGGUUGUCCUGCAUUUGGCGGAGAGGAAGGAGCCAUAGUAAUAGCAGCAUCAGCAGAUCGCCACCCCCUAAGCCUUAACUUAGGGGUCAGUUCUUGCGAUAAAGAGCUUUCUGACGCACAAUUUGGUUACUAUAACAUUUCUGUACAAUUGCAUGAGCCAAUAAUCCUAGAUGGUGCUUUAUGGUUGAAGCAGUUGAUGCAUUUGUCUCGUUCUAAAUAUUGCUAUGGUCAUGUCAAAAGCUUAUCUAAAUUCAUCGGAGAAAAAAUGGCAAUGGAUGCAGAAGGAUCCUGGUAUGAUGACUGCCAUGAAUGGAGGCACACCAAAACCAUCUUGUGGAAGUUGAGUGGUACAGCUGAAAAUGGACGAAAAUAA